AUGCGCUUCUUUUCAAAGAAGUCGGCGGCCGAAGAGCCAGAGGUCACGGCCGUCGCGCCAGAUUCUGGUGCCGAUGAAAAGGGCACCAGCACGGAGCGAUCCAGCGAGGAGAACUUUGGCACCGCCAAGCAGGCUGGUGUAAGAAAAGUCGAGGCUGCCGCUGAGGUUUGGAGCAAAUGGGAUCUCGCCGCCGCCUAUGGACUAAUCUGGUUGUAUUACUUUGCCACGGCGACCGCCGAAGUCAUCACCCGAACUCUCAAUCCUUUCGUGACGAGCUCCUUCAACAAGCACUCUACCAGUGCCGCGGUCAACAUCUUGUCCAGCAUCAUCGGUGGUUUGAGCAAGCUUCCGCUGGCCAAGAUUCUGGAUACCUGGGGCCGCCCGCAAGGUUUGGCAUUGAUGCUCGUCAUCUGGUGCCUGGGCUACAUCACUACCGCUGCUGCUAACAGCAUUGAGACUUAUGCUGCGGCUCUCGUGUUUAACGCCGUUGGAGCACAGGGUGUUAGUUACACUGUCACCGUCUUCAUCGCCGAUACUUCGUCUUUGAGGAACCGAGGCCUGAUGCUGGCCUUUGCCACAUCACCGUACUUUAUCGUCACCCCCAUCAGCGGUUUCAUUGCUAAGCGUAUCAUCGGAGGCAUUGGCUGGCGUUGGGGCUUUGGUCUUUGGUCCAUUGUGAUGCCCGUCAUUGUCCUUCCGCUCUGCGGCGUUUUCCUCUGGAACCAGCGCAAGGCCCGAAAGCAGGGCGUUUUGGAAUCAACCAAGACCAAGCUCACGCUCCGCGCCGUCUAUGACUAUCUCAUCGAGAUUGACAUUGUCGGCCUCCUUCUUUUGGCCGUUGGCUGGGCCCUGUUCCUCUUGCCCUUUUCUCUCUACUCCUACCAACCCCAGAGGUGGCGUGCACCAAUCAUCAUCUGCUUCCUCAUCUUUGGAGCGAUUUUCCUCAUGAUUUUCCUCGUCUGGGAAAAGUACUUUGCUCGCGUCACGUUUCUCCCGUACAAGCUCAUCAUGGACCGCACAGUCUUCUUUGCCCUCGUCAUGUUCUUCUUCUUCUACAUGCAGUCGAGGAUCUGGGGCAGCUACUUUACUUCCAUGCUCUUUGCUGUGUGGGACUUGAAAGCCGAUCAAGUAACUUGGAUCAACAACAUUUAUCGAAUCGGUUCUUGCUUCAUGGCUGUUAUUCUCGGAUUCCUCAUGCGCUACACGGGCCGCUUCAAGUGGGUUGCCACAAUCUACGGUAUCCCCUUGAUGCUUCUGGGUGUUGGCCUCAUGCUCAAGUUCCGUCAGGCCAGCGAGGCUAUUGGCUAUGUCAUCAUGACCCAGAUCUUUGUUGCCUUCUCGGGCGGUCCCACUGUCGUUGCCGGUGAAUUGGCCAUGAUGGCUCCCUCGGACCAUCAAAAUGUUGCCGUCAUCAUUGCCAUGCUUGAUCUCUUUGCCAGUAUUGGUGGUGCUAUUGGCUCUACCAUCUCGGGCGCGAUUUGGACCGGUACUUUCAAGAACGAGCUCAUUAAGCGCCUCCCGUCCGAUGCCCCCAUUGAUGCCAUCUACGCCAAGCUUCCGACCCAGCUUUCAUAUGCACCAGGCACCCCUAUCCGCAUCGGCAUCUCAGAAGCUUACUCUGCCUCGCAGCGAUACAUGCUCACGACCAGUGUCUGCCUCUUGGCCGUUGCUUGGGGUUGCACCUGGAUGUGGAGAGAUAUCAACAUCUACAAGAAGAAGCAGGUUCACGGAACUGUCGUUUAA